ACAUCUGGGAGGGUGAACUUGCGAAUAGGCCCCCCUCCCGGGUCCAGCUGCGCAUCUGCGAGCCUCCAGCCCAGGUGCGCGGGAGGGAGGUCGUGGCGGUGUCGCGCAAAGCCCCGCGCUGCCGCGAGGUGGCGCCAUAACUGCAGCAGAGCCUGCCGGCCCGGGCCGCUCCAGAUAAGAGUGUGCGGAAAGCGCGGCGGGGCUGAGACGCGACCAGGACGCGGGGAGGACGGACCAGCAGGACAGACCGACCGGGGGCCUGGCGGGCGGAGGGCAGCGCAUCGCAGCCACGUCCCCCCUGGAUCCGCCGGCAGCCGGGCCCGGGGCUUCCGACAUGCCCCCCAGGAGAUUGUGCUGGGCAGACAAUGCUGGACACGAUGGAGGCGCCCGGCCACUCGAGGCAGCUGCUGCUGCAGCUCAACAACCAGCGCACCAAGGGCUUCUUGUGCGACGUGAUCAUCGUGGUGCAGAACGCCCUCUUCCGCGCGCACAAGAAUGUGCUGGCGGCCAGCAGCGCCUACCUCAAGUCCCUGGUGGUGCAUGACAACCUGCUCAACCUGGACCAUGACAUGGUGAGCCCGGCCGUGUUCCGCCUGGUGCUGGACUUCAUCUACACAGGCCGCCUGGCUGAUGGCGCAGAGGCCGCGGCGGCGGCGGCCGUGGCUCCGGGGACCGAGCCGAGCCUGGGAGCUGUGCUGGCCGCCGCCAGCUACCUGCAGAUCCCUGACCUCGUGGCGCUGUGCAAGAAGCGCCUCAAACGCCACGGCAAGUACUGCCACCUGCGGGGCGGCGGCGGUGGUGGCGGUGGCUAUGCACCAUACGGGCGGCCAGGUCGGGGUCUGAGGGCCGCCACGCCCGUCAUCCAGGCAUGCUACUCGUCCUCAGCCGGGCCUCCGCCGCCGCCCAGUGCCGAGCCGCCGUCGGGCCCCGAGGCUGCAGUGAACACGCACUGCGCUGAGUUGUACGCCUCGGGCCCGGGCCCGGCCGCUGCACUCUGCGUCCCGGAGCGCCGCUGCUCUCCGCUUUGCGGCCUGGACCUGUCCAAGAAAAGCCCGCCAGGUUCCGCGCCUCCUGAGCGGCCCCCGGUCGAUCGUGAGCUGCCUCCGCGCCCAGACAGCCCUCCCAGCGCCGGCCCCGCAGCCUACAAGGAGCCUCCGCUCGUCCUGCCGCCGUUGCCGCCACUGCCCUUCCAGAAACUGGAGGAGGCCAUACCGCCUCCGGAUCCGUUCCGUGGCGGCGGCGGCAGUCCGGGACCCGAGCCCCCCGGCCGCCCUGACGGGCCCAGCCUCCUCUACCGCUGGAUGAAGCACGAGCCAGGCCUGGGCAGCUACGGCGAUGAGCUAGGCCGGGAGCGCGGUUCUCCCAGCGAGCGCUGCGAAGAGCGCGGCGGGGACCCGGCCACUUCUCCCGGGGGAACUCCGCUCGGCCUGGCGCCGCCGCCGCGCUACCCGGGCAGCCUGGAUGGGCCUGGCACAGGCGGCGACGGCGACGACUACAAAAGCAGCAGCGAGGAGACUGGCAGCAGCGAGGACCCCAGCCCGCCCGGCGGCCACCUCGAGGGCUACCCAUGUCCCCACCUGGCUUAUGGUGAACCUGAGAGCUUCGGCGACAACCUGUACGUGUGCAUCCCAUGCGGCAAGGGCUUUCCCAGCUCGGAACAGCUGAAUGCGCAUGUGGAGGCGCACGUGGAGGAGGAGGAGGCGCUAUAUGGCAGGGCCGAGGCGGCUGAGGUAGCGGUGGGAGCCGCCGGCCUCGGGCCCCCGUUUGGAGGAAGUGGGGACAAGGUCACUGGAGCUCCCGGCGGACUGGGCGAACUGCUGCGGCCCUACCGCUGUGCGUCGUGCGACAAGAGCUAUAAGGACCCGGCCACGCUGCGGCAGCACGAGAAGACCCACUGGCUUACUCGGCCCUAUCCAUGCACCAUCUGCGGGAAGAAGUUCACACAGCGCGGGACCAUGACUCGUCACAUGCGCAGCCACCUGGGCCUCAAGCCCUUCGCGUGCGACGCGUGUGGCAUGCGCUUCACGCGCCAGUACCGCCUCACGGAGCACAUGCGCAUCCACUCGGGAGAGAAGCCCUACGAGUGCCAGGUGUGCGGCGGUAAGUUCGCACAGCAACGCAACCUCAUCAGCCACAUGAAGAUGCACGCCGUAGGUGGCGCGGCCGGCGCGGCUGGAGCGCUGGCGGGGCUGGGGGGGCUACCCGGUGUCCCCGGCCCUGAUGGCAAGGGCAAGCUCGACUUCCCCGAGGGCGUCUUUGCUGUGGCCCGCCUCACGGCUGAACAGCUGAGCCUGAAGCAGCAGGACAAGGCGGCGGCGGCUGAGCUGCUGGCACAGACCACGCACUUCCUGCACGACCCCAAGGUGGCGCUGGAGAGCCUCUACCCGCUGGCUAAGUUCACCGCAGAGCUGGGCCUCAGCCCUGACAAGGCAGCUGAGGUGCUGAGCCAGGGAGCGCACCUGGCUGCGGGGCCCGAUGGCAGGACCAUUGACCGUUUCUCCCCCACCUAAAGCGCCCCAUGUCUGUCCGCCUCGUGGUCGCGGCGUGGCCUCUGGCCGGUACCCGCAGGGAGCGGCGGGACCAGCGAGUAGGCAAACCGCGCCUGGACAAGUAUAGUAGCAGCGGCAGCGUUACCACAGUGGCGGCCCCACCUCUCUGCGGCCUCACCUGGCCUCACUGCUUUGUGCCUUAGCCCGGGGAUGGGGGUGAGGGGAAAACCUCGGGACGGGGGUGGGUUGGGGGAAGGGAGAUUUAUAUUUUUGAUAUCAGCUUUGACCAAAGGAGACCCCCGGCCCUCUCCGCCUCUUCCUGUGGUUCGUUGGCCCCCCUCCCCCGGCUCCGUGCUGCUCUUGGGGGUAGGGGUGUCACUGUUGGGGCGCUCCCAGCCCUACCUCCGGCCCUUGCGACCACACCCAUUCUCACUGUGAAUCUCCCCGCUGGGGUCGGAGCGUUGGGCAGAGUUGGGGAGCUGGGAGGGGACUGAGCCGGCCGGAGGGCCCCCUGCCCCCCCGCUCCCGCCCACCCCGGGACUGAUAAUGUGAAGUUCCUCAUUUUGCACAAGCGGCACUAGCCCCAGGGCCAACCCUUCCCUCCCUCAGAAGUCAGAGGGCUGCGACAGCCCAGGUCUACCCAGUCUCCCACUCCUGCGGUGUCCCUUCCUCCCUUCCCCGAGGCCCCGGACCAUAUUUAUUGCAUGCGCCCCGGGCAGCCCCAUACCCCGAGCCCAGGCUGGGCUGGGCUGGAACGUGGUCUCUUUAGCUCUCUCCUCCUUUUUUGUAUAUUUUCUACCUUGUACACAGGCUCUUCCAGAGCCGCUUCCAUUUUCUAUACUCGAACCAAACAGCAAUAAAGCAGUAACCAAGGA